AUGCCAGACCUUAGAAUACGAAAGCAUGCCAUUUUUGUUGAUGAGGUCGAGAAGGUUCGGCAAAGGAUCAAGCAUUUAGCCAGCUGGCCUUCGUCGCCGUUUCUUGUGGAGUACAAGGAUGUGCAGAUAUCCCCGCGCCACCUUGUUGUUGCGAUGGGUUCCACUGCUGACAGUGUUUUGGAGCCACUGCAGUGCCCAGCCACAGAGGAAGAGGCGCGCAUCACUAUGCGGGGAGUCCUGCGGGCACUCUACGCUCUGCACAGUCGCCAUCUAGUACACGGGCAUAUACGUCUGGAUACGUUUCGUGUUCACCGUCCUUCUGGGGUUAUUCUCCUUGCACAGCACGUGCUUCCCAUAUAUUUAUUUGUACCUUCUAGUGAUAUAGGGCGUGAGGUGUGGCGCUGUUGUGCGCCAGAGAUCAAGCGGAACUCAGCGUUUGACUAUAGUGCCGACAUAUGGGCGGUGGGGGCAGUCUUCAUGCAACUCAUGGCACCACAGGGGAAGUUGUACGAAACGGAGGACUUGCUGGAGGUGGACGUCAUAUCGCCUGAGGUGAUGCAGCUGAGUCCCUCCGCCGUGAGCUUUGCUGUGCAAUGCCUGCAGGAGGAUGCAGGCAAUCGUCCCACCCUCGCAGAGUUGCUCGUGCACCCGUUCCUCAUCGAGGAGGACGAGUGGACUGACAGCUGCGGCACCGAAAGUGAUGACUUGGAUGAGGAAAGGUGA